GUAUGUUGUUGCAAAAUAAUACUUUGUCAUUGAAUGUUUUGUUAUUGUUAAUAAAUGUCUUGUAACCGCCACAAAAUUGUAGCAAAAGGUUACUUUAUCGUUGCCAAAUGUGUUAUUAUUGUAGCAAAAUGUUACGUUAUCAUUGCUAAAUGUGUUAUUGAAUUUUGACACACAUCACCCGCCAUAUAAAGGUACCAUAAAAAUUUACAAUAGUCAAUAGUCUAUUUUUGACUUUUUAGACCUGAACCAAGAUUAUGUACGCUAAGCCAACAUGAAGUAUUUCACUAGGAAGAACAGCUGAGAAGCGGGAAAAUGGCGGUGUGCAGAGGAGCGAGAGAUGAAGAACAACAUAUUUCAGAAGUGUUUUCACACGUUGACCACGGAAGAAAAGGAUAUUUAACAAGAGAUGAACUAAAACUAGCUAUUGUGGAACUAUUUGGCUAUAAACCUUCCAAAUAUGAAGUGAAUGAAAUACUUGCAAAAGAAUCUAAUAUUUCCACAGGAAUCUCAAGAGAAUUUUUUACUGACAUUAUGAAGUCAAAGUUGUCAAGCCAAGAUCCAAAUGAUGAAAUUAGACAAUUAUUUAUUGCAUGUGAUAAAAGAUGCCGAGGAUUUAUAACGUUUGAAGAUGCUAAGAGUAUAUUUAAACAAACUGCACCAUUUGUAAAACAUUUUGACUUACAAAGAAUGUUUGAGGAGGUUGACAGAGAUAAUGAUGGCAGAGUCAGCUACAGAGAUUUUGAAUAUAUGAUGAAAUUUACCACUCAGUGAAUACCGAAUAACUCUAUUUUCUGCCUCUAAACAUGUUGGACGUUUGCUUUCCAUGAAAAGUCAAAUUAUAGAUCAAAGUCCAAAUUUGACUCAAACUAACUGCUUAAGGGACCGGUCAUAAAGUAAUUACUAGAGGGGGGUGAAGGAUAAAUGAAAUUUCAAGUACAUAUUUCCAUACCCUCCCAAAAACCUAUGGAAAAAUUUUCGUAACCCCCUUCAAUUUAAGUGAAAAUUUUCAUACCCCCUCCCUUUCUAUCAUUAAUUCUGUUUUAACAUUUGUCUUGCGUUUAUCUAUAUUUUGAAACUCUCCAGUUUGUGAAAACUCUCCCACUUCUUGUUAGUUGUAGUGGUAACCAUAUCCUCAACAUUUUCAACAGUCUCCAAUUCUUCACCAGUCUUUUCUGAUUCUGACUACUACUACGGUUUGUUUCAAACAGAAAAAAUUUGCUUCCAUUCAAUGUGACACUUCCUCAACGGGUUCUAAUGGUGCAAGCUUGCUAGCAUUGACAAUUCAGAUGUAUUAGGUUUGUACUCCAAAAGUUCCACGGAUAAUGAAUGCUAUACUUAUCAUCUGACAUUGAGUCAGACUGAAACAUAUAUACUUUGUGUUGAUUUUAUAAUAAUUAUAGUAAAACAAUUCUUUCCAAACUUAAAUCUGGGCACAAAUACAUUCGAUAUUCAACAAUAAUUAUAAAAUGUAAUUUUUUUUCAUACCUAUAGUACUAAGAUUUUGGUACCCCCUAGAGGUUCUGUUGUUUUUUUCAUAAUCCCCCCCCCCCCUCAGAGGUUCUGGGGUUUUUUUCGUACCCUCCAAAAAUAUCCUCCACACCCCCUAGUAAAUACUUUAUGACCGG